AUGCCCCAGUCUCUGGUGUCCCCCGAGAUUGGCCACGACCCUGAUCAUGAACGCCCUCCGACUAGCCUGGAGAGAUCCCUCUCCCCUUGGGCGCCCCACAUUCCUCCAACCAGAAAAAUAUUUCAACGAAAUGCAUCGAAAGCCUACCAAGCGCAAGCUCCCACUAUGCGCCGCACGGUCUGCACCGGGCUCGCGGCCCGGGUCCGCCGUCCCCCGGCCGUCGUUUUCUUCCCGGCCGGAGGGCCGGCGCUGCCUCCGCCCGGGAUGUGGAGGCGCCGGCCGGAGACGGACUGCGCCCGGCGCGAGCACCUGGGGCCGAAGAGGCGGCAUCUAACGGCGACGCGGGGGCCGGGGAGCGCUCACCAACCAGGUCGGCCGCGGGGACACUCACCGGUCGGGGCGCGCGGGGCGGCCUCAUCCAGGGGCACCUGCGGCCAGGCAGGACGGGCCCGGACGGCGCAGUCACCGAGAGCGAGUCCGCCGGCCAGCUCGCCGGUCCCGUCCGGCUCUCAGCGACUGCCGGAGUAA